UGCUUUUCUGACUUACUAAAUGGAUGUAAAAUCUUUGCAGCCUACUACUGUUGCAGCUAACGUGAGAUCCAUAUUUGCAUGCUUGCUUGAUCAAGUGAGCCAAUACUUAACUGAAGGGCUUGACCGUGCUAGAGAGAGUUUAAAUGAGGCCGCAGCUUUGCGGGAUAGAUAUGUCAUCGGGACAAGUGUUAGUAGGAGAGUGGCAGCUGCUGCUGCUUCUGCACAAGAGGUGGCAGCUUCAGCUGGUGAGAGCAGCUUUAGAUCCUUUAUGAUUGCUGUGCAGCGUUGUACCAGUAGCGUAGCUAUUCUUCAGCAGUACUUCUCAAAUACCAUAUCUCGGCUCUUGCUACCUGUUGAUGGUGCUCAUCCGUCUGCUUGUGAAGAUAUGGGGUCAGCAGUAUCAGUAGUUGAGGCUGCUGCUCACAAAGGACUGCUACAAUGUAUUGAUACUGUUAUGUCUGAGGUUGAAAGAUUGUUGUCUUCGGAACAGAAGGCUACAGAUUAUCGAACACCAGAUGAUGGAGCUGCACCAGAUCAUCGGCCAACUAAUGCUUGUAUAAGAAUUGUAGCCUAUCUCUCUCGUGUUCUUGAGGUUGCAUUCAGUGCCCUUGAAGGCCUCAACAAACAGUCCUUUUUGACUGAGCUGGGAAAUCGCUUGCAUAAGGGGCUGCUUAAUCAUUGGCAGAAGUUCACAUUUAGUCCCAGUGGUGGCCUACGGUUGAAACGUGACAUAACUGAAUAUGGGGAUUUCGUUCGUAGCUUCAAUGCCCCCUCCAUAGAUGAGAAGUUCGAACUGUUGGGAAUUGUGGCGAACGUCUUCAUUGUUGCUCCAGAAAGUUUAGCAUCCCUGUUUGAAGGAACCCCCAGCAUCCGAAAGGAUGCCUUGAGGUUCAUUCAGCUCCGGGAUGAUUAUAAGACAGCGAAAAUCGCUUCGAUGCUCAACUAUAUCAUGUCCGAGUAAUGAGUGAAGUGGAACCGUUAGACCGUUACACUUUGCUGCUCUCGUGGACUAUUGAUGCCGUUUGUAUAAAUGACCUUCGAAAUUAUGUUUAUUCUUGGUUCCAAUUUAUUUGUUUUCCUAUCCUUUUUCUUUUUGGGCUUUGCUCAAUUUGAGCUGUACAUGUGGUUCAGGUCCUUUAGACCUCUACUUGUAUAAAUGAUGAGAAAUUUCUGUGGC